AUGAAUAUAAAGGAUAGAACUUCAGAAUUUCAACAAAGUGUGUUGAGCUACAAGAAGAGAAAUAAAAACUUUAAGGAGCAGCAGAGAGAACGUCUUCAAGAGCAGCAAAACGGCAACUCCACUAAGAGUACAGCUGGCAAUGGGAAAAACGUAUCUGAGUUCCAAAAAAGGGCUUCUGGCAUAGCCCAUGAAAUUUCAUCCACUGCUCAAUUAUUAUCCAAAUUGGCGGUUCUAGCCAAGAGGAAACCAAUGUUCAACGAUAACCCCAUCGAGAUUGCUGAGCUGUCGUUUUUGAUCAAACGAAAGAUUUAUGCCAUCGAACAAAGUUUAGUACAGUUAAGUCAACUUAAGAAAACCGACGCGAAUGGCAAUGCAUUAAGUCAAUCUUCUAAUCAGCCCAGUGCCGUACAGCACUCCAAAAACGUCGUUAAUCUUCUGAACACCCAAAUGAAAAACAUAUCAGGAAAUUUCAAGGAUGUAUUGGAGGAAAGACAGCGAUUGGAAAUGGCAAACAAAGACAGAUGGCAAAAAUUAUCCACUGACACAGAGCAUACACAAGAAGAUGAGCAUACUCAAAACACUAACACCGUGGAUUUGACCACCUACAACAACUCCAACCCGUUCAUGACCUCAUUACUAGAGGAAUCCUCACAAAAGAAUAAUGGCUCGUCCAAUCAAGGUGAACUUUCUUUCCCUCAAAACGAUUCUCAAUUAAUGUUGAUGGAGGAGGGACAACUGUCUAAUAACGUAUAUCUGCAAGAGAGAAACAGAGCUGUGGAGACAAUAGAGUCCACAAUCCAGGAAGUGGGAAAUCUUUUUCAACAGCUGGCCUCCAUGGUUCAAGAGCAAGGCGAAGUCAUCCAGAGAAUUGAUGCUAAUGUAGACGACAUCGAUUUGAACAUCAGCGGUGCCCAAAGAGAACUGUUGAAAUACUUUGACAGAAUAAAAAGUAACAGAUGGUUAGCCGCGAAGAUAUUCUUCGUCAUCUUUGUAUUCUUCCUGAUUUGGAUUUUAGUCAAUUAA